AUGUAUUCAAAUGUAGGUUACAGAGAAGGGCCACAGUGGUUUACUAAUGAUACUUUACUAACAAACAGACGUUUCUCUGCUCGAGGAGUUAACGUCGAGUCAAGCAAACAUCAAUUAAGAGGAAUUAUCAAUGCCCUGAAACAUGCCACAAAAAGUUUACCUAUAGAACAGCAACUCGUCAAAUUUUCUGAAAUUCCUAAAACGCUUGACGAAACACCUAAUCCAGAUAUCAUUCAUGGUACUUUGUUGUUUUUCGCAGAACGGUUCAAAGAUAGGUUGAAUAGCGAAAAACAUAUUUCACGAAAUUCACAAAGUUCAGAACUUGAUCAAACCAUAAGAAAAAUCUUUUUCUUAUUAGAAAAUCAAAGUAAUGACCCCAUUGCACGCGCUCUUACAUUACGAUGCCUUGGUUGUAUGUCGGUUUUAUUAAUAGAACGACUUGAUAUACAACAUGGAAUUCUACAACGUUUAGAUUCAUCUGUUGAAAUCGAAGCGAGCGCUGCUAUUUUUGCUGCAGACAAGUUAUGUUCAAAGACUGAAAAAUUCUCAGCUCUUGCUUAUGAGAAAUUUGUCACAUUGCUCCAAGCUAAUAAUGUUUCCUUGGCCUUCAAGACCAAAUUGAUACGCGUCUUUCGUCAUAUGCAUCGGGAUAUCAAUUUGGCUCGUAAGACAAGAAUUAUAUGCCUUCAAUUACUUGAACAAUAUCCUGACGAAGAAUUUAUAUUGACCAUAUUGAAAACAUUGACAUUCUUAUCAAAUCGUGCACUUGUCGAUAGAACCGAUCAGAUUAAUUUAUUAUUCAAAUAUGUACAAGAUGAUCCUCGUGAGCGUGUUAAGACGAGUUCUUUAGCAUAUUUAAUUAAAAUCGCACAAAAGGAUUUGACUUUUGAAACUUCACAUGUCUUGAUACUGUUGAAUAUAGCGACUAGUGCUGGGGAACUUAAUGUCAAAACCAAAGCAUUACGUGUUUUGACCAUAUUGUUUCAACAAACAAGACUUCUUGGUGAAAUUGUAUCAAUAGAUACAGAGCAAGAAACUCGUAUAGAAGCACUUCAUUUUAUCCAACAAUGUGAAGAUAUGAUACAAGAUAAAAUCAUCGAAGUCAAUGUUGUCGCAGUAAAAUUAAUGUCCGUGAUAAUUAUUGAAUCAAAAAGAAUUGAAUCAAUAUCAAAUAUUUUGAUUGGUUCAGAAUGGGAAACUUAUUUUAGCGAUCUCUGUAAAAAAAUUGCAAAGUUAAUAUUGUCGAAUUUAAUACAAUUAGUAUCCUUUAAUCAAAAUGAGCGCGACAAAUAUGUUAAGAUGAUACAAGAAUACUUGAAGUGUUUAUUUUCAAUUUGUCAGGCUGAUAACGAUUUAAUCAAGGAUAUUUCUAAGAUGGUUAUCAAUGUAUUACAAGAUUACAUUGAAUCUAAUGAUGACGAGAUAUUUGCUCAACUAUCCAAGUUUUUCAUGAAGAUUGCCGAAUAUAAAGGCUCAUUAAUACAAGAGUUAAGAGAUGAUAUAUUUUCCCUUAUGAAAUGUCACGAGCUUAUUGAUAUGACUCGUUCUUUCACUAUGUUGGCAAAGACAGUUUUAAAAGUCCGUCCUGAUAAUGUAAAACAAGCAAGAGAAUUUAAGGAAUCUUUCAUGGAAAGAAUCAAUCGAUUUGGAAACCUUCAGGACGGAAGAUAUAUACAGAAUCAAUGGGAUAUUUAUUUAAUUGGACUAGAAGCUGGAAAAUCCGGAUGUUGUUCGAUUAUGGGUGCCAUAGUGUUUAAUUUUGUAAACGAGGUGGAUGUCGAGGCGCAUCGGUUUUGGCUUAGAGCAUUGAGUAAUGCGUCAAACGCUGAACAAAUGAUUUUGGAUAAUAUCGAUAAAAUCCAAAGUCAGCUUGAUCUAUUUGAUGAAGGCGUUAAGUACUAUUCGAAAUGUGAUACUGAAUUAAGUGGCUUGAUGUCUUUGAUUGAUAAUAAUGGAAUUCGUGUCUUUGGAAAAUGGUUUUGUCAACUUAGAGCAAGGUUCUUUUCCACUAUGAAGCUUAUUCUAGCUCAGUUAAAUUUUUUGUCUUCAAAAACGCCGGGAUUAUUUGAUCCUGAAAUUGUCAAGAUAAAUGAAUCUUUAGUAUUUUUGGCUUGUAUGCACAACUUUGUGGCACAUUCUUUCUUAGAUAUUGAUUCCGAAAGUUUAGAAAUUCUAGAAUCAUAUCAAAUAUGUUGCUUGGUGUUAUCAUAUGCUAUACAGUGUCUUCUAUUUCAAAGGGAAGAAUCUAUUGAUCCUUUACUAAUUCCAUUGAUUCGGCUUGCACGUUGUAACAUGAAUGAUACCCUUUCUAGACAAGUUAAUGAUAUGAAUUUACGAAAAAAUAAAGUACAAUAUGUAUUACGGUCAAGAUGUGUUGAAAUUUUAAAAGAUAUAGAGAUGAUUCGUCUAGAACGAUUAAGUAAAUUUGUUCUUUUCAUUUUAAGUGUUCCGAUAAAUCUUCCACCAUUCUUCUUUGAAAACAAAAAAGGAACUUAUAUUAAGUGGAGUAAAGUACCUGCGUUAGGAUGGAGUCAACGUGGAAGCAGAGUUUCUUCAACGACCAUAUCAGACAGAGAGAAAGUUGUUAUUAAAUUAGAAGGAAUUUUGAAAUUAGCUAAGAAAUCAGCCAAGAAACAUUUAAAUAACAUUCAGUUUAUUAUUUUUGGGUCAAAAGCUGAUAUGUUUGAGUUUGAAGAAUUUGAAGAGACGUUACAAGGGAAUUUCUCCUUUUCUAAUUUAGCGUUGGAUUAUAAAGGAGGGGAUUCCGAUAGUAUUGGAUUUCUUAACGUUCAUACUAGAAUCGUUGACAAUAAAAAUAUCGUAUGGACGAUUGGUCCCGAUUUAAUAAUAUCUCCCCCUCCAGAGUAUCAAAAUAAUAAUCAAUAUUAA